AUGGGAAAUGUGACAUCAAAUGUGGCGGCAAAAUUAACAUUUUUCCCACCAGAGCCAGCAAGUUAUGAUGUGAUUAAAGAAGAAGGAAAGUGGGUGUUAACAGGAAUAACAGCAGAUAAAAGUGUGGAUGUUUUUGUGGUUGAAACUAAGGUUGGUAAUAACAUUAUUGCUACCUUUUGGAAGCACCCUUUUGCAAGGUUUACUCUUUUGUAUUCUCAUGGUAAUGCUGCUGAUCUGGGUCAGAUGCUUGACCUCUUCAUUGAGCUCAGAGCUCACUUUCGUAUCAACAUCAUGAGCUAUGAUUACUCUGGAUAUGGAGCUUCAACUGGUAAGCCAACGGAGUACAAUACAUAUUAUGACAUAGAAGCUGUAUACCAGUGCUUAAAGAGAGAAUGUAACGUUAAACAGGAAGACCUAAUUUUAUAUGGUCAAUCGGUUGGAAGUGGACCUACGUUACACUUGGCAUCACGUAUGACGAGGUUAAGAGGGGUUGUUCUACAUAGCGCUAUACUUUCUGGUAUACGUGUUCUGUAUCCAGUUAAGGUUACAUUAUGGUUCGACAUUUUCAAAAAUAUUGAUAAAAUUCGGCAUGUUACCUGUCCUGUCCUUGUUAUACAUGGCACAAAUGAUGAAAUAGUAGACGUGUCACAUGGGAAACGGUUAUGGGAACUAUCAAAGGAGAAGUACGAACCGCUAUGGGUAAAGGGUGGGGGUCACUGCAACCUUGAGACUUACCCAGAGUACAUUAAGCAUUUGCGCAAGUUCCUAAACUCAAUGGAGAAAUUGGCAAUCACUCAGCCACCUAAGCAGCUAACGGAAGCCCCAAGUAUGACUGAUGGCAAGCACAAUCGAUGCUUAAGAUUCAGCAGAAGGUAA